UCAUGGAACCUACUCAGCUGAUCACUAACCUUCUAAGUGUUGGCCUACCUGAUAAAGGACUCACAAAAACGGUAUCCGAAAGUUACAUAGACUUUCUUGCUAUUGUAGCAAAGGCCCGCGAACUUCUCCUCUCACAACCACCCAUGGUGGAGCUUGACUCACCAAUACACAUGGACAGUACCCAGACCUAUUACGAAUAUUCAACAAGGCGGGAAAUGGAGCUUCAAAACCAAAUGAAAGAUACUAAAGGUGGAUUCCCUCCUCUAUCAAAUUAUCUAUUUUUGGGAGAUUAUGUGGAUCGAGGCAAGCAAAAUCUGGAAGUUAUUCUAUUGGUUCUUGCCUACAAGUUGCGAUAUCCAAAAAACUUUUUUAUACUUCGCGGAAAUCAUGAAUGCGCUAAUGUAAAUCGUACAUAUGGUUUUUAUGAUGAGUGCAUGCGUCGGUAUCAAAGUCAACGAAUGUGGCAGUCAUUCCAGGACACAUUUUGUGUACUACCUUUAACUGCACUUGUGGGCGAUAAAAUUCUUUGCAUGCAUGGUGGAUUGUCUCCUCAUCUGGAAUCGCUUGAUCAACUUAGAACUCUUCCAAGGCCAACAGAUGCGACUGGGAAUACAUUAGAAAUGGAUCUUCUAUGGGCUGAUCCAGUUAUCGGUCUUAGCGGAUUUCAGGUAGGUAACACACGAGUUAAGUUGCGAUAUCCGAAAAACUUUUUUAUACUUCGCGGAAAUCAUGAAUGCGCCAAUGUAAAUCGUACAUAUGGUUUUUAUGAUGAGUGCAUGCGUCGGUAUCAAAGUCAACGGAUGUGGCAGUCAUUCCAGGUGGAGCAGCCAACAGAUGCGACUGGGAAUACAUUAGAAAUGGAUCUCCUAUGGGCUGAUCCAGUAAUCGGUCUUAGCGGAUUUCAGGUAGGUAACACACGAGUUAAGGUACAUCGUUUCUAAUU